CAUCAUUUGACUGACGGGACUACUAGGGGGAGUACACUGCCUAGGGUACUUCUCUUACUUGUCUGCGUGUGUAUGGGAGACUGCCAACUUGAGGCAAGUCCACUCUGUCGAUAACGUUCUGACUGUUAAUGUUUAGAACUUUCGCGAAGUAUCUUUUCAGCAGAACGAUUUCAUUUUUGCGCCCAGAAAACUACUACUUUUUUCCAUGAAGCGCUACAUUUCUGUGACCUGCCGGCAACGAAAGGGAACCAUAUCUGGUCAAACUAUUCAGCUGUCACUAAGCGGGACCCGCUCUCUAUAAAUAGCCUGGAACAAGCAGCGGCGGUGGUUUCCCCACUCAAGCUGUUCUGGGUAGUCUGCUGCCGCUCGAGUUCCAGAGGGUAUUGAUUGUAAUUGUGGGUUUUGUGCCCUAACCGGCCCUGCACUACCGCAGCCAUGGCCCUGCUGAAACAGAUGGAGAAGUACCGUGAUGUGGAUGAGGACGAGCUGCUGAAAAAGCUCUCUGAGGAGGAGUUGGAGAGACUGGAGGAUGAGCUGCAGGAGCUGGAUCCUGAUAAUGCUUUGUUGCCUGCGGGCUACAGACAAAAGGACCAGACCAAGAAAACUCCCACUGGAAACUUCCAGAGAGAUGACUUACUGGCUCACUUGGAGAAGCAGGCCAAAGAGCACCCAGAGCAAGAGGACCUGGUGCCCUACACUGGAGAGAAGAGAGGUAAAGCUUUCGUGCCAAAGAAGAAGGUGGUAGACCCCAUCCUGGAGAACGUGACGCUGGAGCCAGAGCUGGAGGAAGCCUUAGCCAACGCCAGUGAUGCAGAGCUGUGUGAUAUAGCUGCCAUUUUGGGAAUGCACACUCUGAUGAGUAACCAGCAGUACUAUGAGGCCUUGGCCAGCAGCACCAUCGUCAACAAACAGGGUCUAAACAGUGUUAUCCAGUGUGCCCAGUAUAAACCCGUUCCUGAUGAGCAGCCCAAUGACACUGAUGUAGAAGAAACCCUUCAGAUGAUCCAGCGCAAUGACCCUGACCUGCUAGAGGUCAACCUCAACAACAUCAAGAACAUUCCUGUGCCGGUGCUGAAGGCCUACGCAGAAGCACUCGCUGAGAACACUGUGGUGGAACGCUUCAGCAUUGUGGGAACUAGGAGUAAUGAUCCCGUGGCCCAUGCCUUGGCAGACAUGCUGAAGGUGAACACCACCCUGAAGAGUCUGAAUGUGGAGUCAAACUUCAUCACAGGGGCUGGCAUCAUGGCACUCGUGGUGUCUCUGCAGUCCAACACUACAUUACUGGAACUCAAGAUCGACAAUCAGAGUCAGCCACUGGGCAAUAAGGUGGAGAUGGAUAUAGCCAGUAUGCUUGAGAAGAACACCACGCUCUUGAAGUUUGGGUACCACUUCACCCAGCAGGGUCCCAGGCUCCGUGGUUCUAACGCCAUGAUGAACAACAACGAUCUGGCACGAGUGAUCCGUUCAGAUUCGGAUGGUUCCUUUACCCUAACCCUGUCUGUGCCCGAGCUGGAGAGGGCCUUUGGUAAAAAAUUCAAGCCCAAGAGCAAUAAGAAAGAAAAGGCUUGAAGAAGGCCCCAUCUUCCCCAAAUGUCGGACGAACGUGUAACAUCGCUGCCCUCAGAUGGGACCCCCCUCAGCCAACACCCCCAGCAGCCCUUCUUCCCUCUAGGAUCCAGACCCUCUUAUUGGCUCGUAGUAGUCUGGUCUUUGCUGUUGUCAUGUUUGAGGUUGUGUCCAAUAUUAAUAGUUCUUUCUACUGGGAUGAUUCUUUUGUAUAAUACUGAGUUGGUAUCACCUUUCCUGUGUGUUGUUAGUAAUAUACAGGAUUUGAUGUUGAUUGUCUGUUGCUGAGGGCAUGAUUUGCUAUCUACAAGUGUUUUGCCACAUAUACAGUCCAAUGUCUUAACUAGUUAUCAAAUGCUCUCUGAAUCUCUGCUUCGACUCAGCCGCAGCACUGGGGCUGAGACCAGGAGAGCCAGUCCUGAAUCAGACCAGUUGCCUGGCAGCAGAGAGCCUGUCCCCCUCACCAAUCAGGGCCCUGGGCCCUAGUAUUAGAGCAACAUAAGAGGUCUGAGACUCGGACAUGACGUUUUAGGCAGAAUGUAUGAAUCACAGAUAUUAUGUCAACUUAAUUGGGAUAUUGUGUGUAUGUAACUGACGUGUUGAAGGCACUUCAGUCUUUAACUUCCUGUGUUUCUGUAGGCGUGUAGAAGUGAUAUUGCUCUGGGUGUUGAUUGUUGGAAGAGGAGAAACGUUUAGCUUUAGAUUAAAGUGUGGUUCUUGAUGCAUUUGUAUAAUUGCAACCAUUUAUAUCAUAACACCUGAAUUGUAAUUAAGACAGUGGUCAGUUUUUGAAUGAUUUCAUUUUGUUUUAUUUUUGCACUAAAACAGCAAAGGGAAUUUUUUGACACACACUGUAUUUAUUUAUAUAUUUAUUUUGGAACACAGAUCAAGGGCCAGAUAAUCACCAUGGAUACUCUUUCUCUCAUCAGGUGACUUUGGUGUGCAUUGCAUUAGCUCUAUCCCAGGCUGAGAUAGUUUAUCUCCAAUGCGAACCGAAGGCCCUCUCUCUGAUACUUUAUAUUUAGGCCAUGUUGUCAUUUUUCUCUCCCUCUAAAAACAGUUAAUUUACAAAAGAAAGCUUCAAACAAUUACGUAUUCAUUCUGUUACACUGAAGCAUUCAGUUGUUUUGCAGGAAGGCAAGAGUCUCCUUGAGAGAACUAGGUCAGGCUGUAGGCCAAGCUGUGCCUUUAGGCUGCUCACGUAUCCCAGAGGGCCGUGCAGGACAGCAGGUAGCCCUAUAUGGACAGGGGCUGGAGCUCUGGUCCAGCACCAGUGAAGAGCAUAAGUGAUGGACUUCAGGGACAACAAUAAUGUUUCCUCUGUCAAAGCCAAGUACGCCCAGAAGAUUCAGCAGUCUUCUUGAUUUUGUUGAUACAAGAAUAAAGUUUUAAUUAUUUGCAUGUUUAA